CUUACCGCCCAAGAACAAAGAAGCUGUUGCUCACAGCACGUAUUAUACCUGCGUCAACAACGUGAAAACGAAACUUGGCGUCACUCAGGGCCCCACUUGGCCCGAGGCAUUUUGCGUGUCUGAGAGCUCAGCUGAACUGAUUGUCUUUCACUGAUGAACAUGAACUAGCGCCCGGCCUGUGGGCAAGCAGGCAAAAUGACAGAAGCCUUGCCAGCAAGGGCGCAGCAGUCCGUCUUUGCGGCCCCCUGCGAUGAGGACCCUGAAGACCUCAUCACGUGUCCAGACGAGGACGUCGGAGCUGUCCUGCGGCUUGACCGGGUGGUCGGCAAGGGCGGGUUUGCGGUGGUGUGGAGGGCUUUCCUCGACACGCUUGACGGCCCAAAGCUUUGCGCUUGCAAGGUCCUAGCGCCGCGAGGCGGAAUGCUUCCGCCUUCGCCUAUCGUGCGACUAUUUGUGCGCGAAUGCUCGUCGUUGGUGAAUAUGGAGCACCCGGCUGUGGUGCGCUGCUUCGGGCUAAUCCGCAUGCGGCGUGUUGACUUCCCGGAGAUGGGCCUCAACUACGACACGUACGGCAUGCUGCUGGAGUUCUGCGAGGGCGGCACGCUCAAGGACCUGCUGAUGGGCCAGAUCAUGACGCUCAAGGACACCUACACGGUCCGGGAAGCGCUGGGAUGGCUGGCGGAGGUGGCCUCUGCGCUGCAGCAGUUCCACAACCAGGACAUGCCGGUCAUACACCGGGACAUAAAGCCCGACAAUGUGCUGCUGCAGCAGCCAGAGGGCUGGACGCCGCCGCCGCCGCCAAGCCGCACAUUCCGCCGCAACGGCAGCAGCGGCGUGAGCGGCAGCAGCGGUGUGCCGGGCGCCCCCGGCAGCCGCGGCAGCAGCGUGGGCCCCCUGCGCGCCCCGCUGGAGGCCAAGCUGGCGGACCUGGGGCUGGGGGUGCGGGUGGGCGGCGACCGCAGUGCGCUGGUACGGCGGCGCAGCACGGCCCUGUCACCCGACAGCGAGGCGCUGCCCACCACACUGGAGGGUGCGGACGACGAGACGGCACCGGCCACCACGGAUGGUGACGGCGUGGAGGCCGCACCGCCGCCGCCGCCUCGCCUGCGCCCCCGUGUGCCGCCCAGUGCUGGCGGCGGCAGUGCGGCGGUGCUGCUGGACGACGGCCUGCCCUUCAUGGGCUUCACCACCUCCCCUCUGGUGUUCACGAAGCGCGAGUACGGCAGCAAGCGGGCCAAGUCUCGUGUGGAGCGACUGGGCGCCUCUGCCAGCCUCAACGCGGCGGCGGCGGCGGCAGUGGCGGCGGGGAUAGCGGCGGGCACGGUGGGCGGCGGCGACUCACCGCACGGGCCGGGCCACCGGCCCCCCGGGUCCCCGGGUGUUUUGGCGGGUGGCACCUCGCCCCAGCCCAGUGUGACUGCGGCUGCGGAUGCGGGCGCGGGGGCGGGGGCGGGCGGGCUGGCGGCGACCUCGCCCUCGCACUCCCACCACGGCGCCGCGGGCGGUGCGGCCAACCUGCACAAGGCCACGCUGCUGAACAGCAUCCGGGUGCGCAUGUCGGUACGCCGCGACAGCAACGGCAGCGUGAAGAGCGUGGAGGGGCUGGGCGGCCCCGGCAGCCGCCCUGGCAGCCACACAGGCAGCCCGCUCACACAGGCGGCGGCGGCCUACACAGCGGGAGCGGGAGCAGGGGGGCAAGCGGGCAGGGAGGGCAGUGCGGGCGGCGCGGCGCCACCCCCUAGCUCCUACUUCCGGCGCACCUCGGCGCACUCGGUGGAGGGGGCUCCUGCUGGGUCUGCGGGCGGUGCGGGUGUGGGCGGUGCCAUCGGCACUCAGAGCUCCGCCGAGAAGCUGGACAAGGAGUCCUCCACCGGGCAGGUGGCGGUGCAGGCGCAGGCGGGUGCACCGCCGCCCGCGUCACCUGCAGCGACCGCAAGUGGCGGCGGUGGGGGUGGGGGUGGUAAUGCGGGCGGGCCCAACUCGCGCUCCUCGGCGACUGCAGGGCCCGGGUCAGGAACGGGCCCUGGGUUGGGCUCUGGGCCGGCGGCAACCGCACCUGUGGCCCCGCCGGCCGCGACAGCAGCUUUAGCAGUAGCGGGGGCGGGCAGUACGCUGCCGGAGCAGCUGCCCACCCCCUUCAUGCACGGACCCGGACACUCGGGCAUUGGGGUGUCUGGGACCGGCGCGGCGCUGGGCCAGAGCUACAGCUUCCCGCGGGAAAACGAGCCCGGGCAGGCGCUGGCAGGGGCGGCGGGGCACGUGCACCUGCACCCGCACCCUGGCCCCCUGCUGCCGCCCAUCAGCGAGCGCAGCCUCAGCGCGGACGACACGCCCAGUGGCAGCGCCUAUGGCAACAGUGGCACGGGGCCCAGCACCGCACCCGCCGCAGUCAUUGUGGCGGCGGCGGCAGCAGCGGCGGCGGGGGCGGGAGGCGGCGGAGCGGAUGGCGGCUCGGGGGCUCAGGUGGUGUCCACGUCGGCUGCGGUGCCGGGGGGCGGCCACGGGGCUGCUGGGGGGCGCGGCACGGGGGGCGGCGGCGUCAUGGUGCGCAACCCGUUGUACACCAUCCAGGAGCCGUCGGACGACGCGGCUCAUACCGCCCCGGGGCCCGAGGCAGGCACGCCGCAGCACAAGCAGCACAGCGGCGGCGGCGGCCCGGGCCUGUUGGCGGGCAUUCGCAACACCCUGUUUGGCGGCGGCCACCCGCACCCCGCCCCCGAUAACCACACGGGGGCGGCAGGCGACGGCGCCGGCCACGACGCACAGCCGCUGCUGCAGGGCCAGGGUCAGGGCCAGGAGGCUGCAAGCGCCGGGCUGCCCGGCGGCAACUCAGGAGCUCUGCCGCUGGCCGGCUCUGGCCCCUCCCUCGUCAGCUCCGUUCCUCGCUGCCCCUCCAUGCCGGUACACGGCCAGAAGUCCCUGCAGCUGGCACCCACCACCUCCACAGCCACACACACCAGCACACUCACCAGCCACCACACAGCGGGCCUGCUGCACAUGACCUCGCAGCGCACCACGCCCGCCACCGGCGGCACCAGCGGCGGCACGGGCGGCGGCCCCACGCUGAUGCUGACCGCCACAAUGUCCCGCGGCAGCCGCGCCACACCCGGCACCAUGGCGGCCCUGUCCAGCCUGCCGCCCGGCAACAGCCUGCCGCGCAGCGAGACGCUCACCAGCAACGCCAGCGGCGUCACGCGGCUCAGCAAGCGGCAGGGCUCUCUGGGCCUGCGCACCGCCUCCUCCAUGGUCCGCCCCAACCUGCGCCAGCUCAAGCACUCGGACAGCAUCGGCAAGGCCAUGCGCAGGGUGGAGUCCCUGCUGCGCACCUUCAACAAGUCCUCACUGCCGAAGUUCAGCCGCGAAAGCCAGUUCCAGUGGGUAUUCGCACUCACCGGCCAGGCCGGCAGGUGCGUGCGGCCCACUUCUUCCCCUACCGUGCCUCUCCCUCCGCUGGCCCCGCUGCUGGUGCUGGCGCUGCUGCUGCGCUUGUUGUCGCCGUGCAGCUGCAUGUACAUGGCCCCUGAGGUGUUCCGCGCGGAGCCCUACAACGAAAAGGUGGACGUGUUCGGCUUCGGCGUGAUGAUGUACGAGCUGUUGGCCCGCGAGCUGCUGCUGGUCAAGUACAUUGGCGGCACCAAGGCCGGACAGGAGCUGGGAAUCACAAACCCGCAGCAGUACGCAACCAUGGUCUGUCAGGGCUUCCGGCCGCCACGCAACCCACGCAUUCCCGAGGCGCAGUGGCAGCUCAUACAGGACUGCUGGCACCCCGACCCGGUGGUCCGGCCUGACAUGAGCGAGGUGGCGGCGCAGCUGCAGGAGGCCAUCCACACCUGGGACUGGCAGACGGGGCACGCAUCAGUCAGCACCAACACGCCAGCCAGCACCGCGCGCUCAGGCCGCCUGGGCAGUGCGCGGGGAGUGGCGGGCGGCCGCACCUCAGUGGACGGCCCACCAGGCGGCAAGGCGCCCUCAGGGCGGCCGGGCAGCGCGGGUACAGCCGGGGAGGGCAACUCGGGCGAGGACGAGGUCGGAGACAAGGCGGGCUGCAAGUGCGUGGUGCAGUGAAUGUGGUGUGGCAUCAAGGUGUGUUGUUUUGCUUGGAAGCACCGCUCUAAAAGAGAGGGGUGUGGGGUUGUUUUGUGGGGGUAUUUGUGCAUCGCCUAGGCAUGCACCUUGCAUACGCCAUGUGUGGCCAGCUGCUUACUCCCAGCAAGAAUAAACUGUUGAGAGGGCGGUAACUUACCGGACUACCGGGACGUUGGGUGCUCUGGGCAGCGUUGGGCAAGUAUGUGACUGUGUGUACCAGGGAUUGCACACGGACUGCGGGCGAGGGGCGCAUGGAGCACGCGGUGAUUACCGUAUUGUGAGCACCAUCUUUCUGCGUUUCAGGCCAGUACGGACCAUUGUGAGCCGGCCGCUUGUAUCCUGGUGACCAACAUGUCUUGCCAACUCGGACAUGAAGCUGUGAUCUUUGCCACUUCGGUCGUUGGACACGGCAUGCACGGAAGGGAACUAGGGAAGUGCAUCGAGCUUAACGUAUUGGAGGACAAAGGCUUGAGGGCCUUUCCCUAAGUUCCCUUG